AUGCGCUACUUGUUCAAACAACAGGGCAUGAUGCUAAUCAAUUUACUCUACGCAAUAUCGGGCGCGUUAACUCACAAGCGAUACUCCCAUAAUUUCAUUCUCUCUGAAUAUUUGUGUCUACGAUUUGGAAUUGCUGCCGCAAUUACCUUUUCAAUUCUAGCUGUAUGCCUACUUCGAGAAAUGACUUUCGUAACUACCCAUCUUAAACAAGUGUGGAACUUGCUGCCGAUUGCGUCCCUAGUUUCCUUCUACCCCGCCUUCACAGACGAGGCACCAGUACCGAACAUAAUGCCCUUCAUGCCCGUGACAUACAGCUUGGCCGCCUGCUGGCUCUGCUAUCCUGUUGUACAUAUGGUACUAGACAAGCUGGACUUGCCGCUGCGCGUCCUCGGACUCCUUGCGGCGCCCUUGCUAAACAUAACAAUGAUCCAAUUAAUGCCUUCACAAGUUUUGCUAGACAGGCGAGAUCUUACCUCAGGGCUGGAGUACGGAACGAACUUGUUUUAUAACCACAUCCUCUUCAAACUGCCGAUUUUUAUAACUGGCGUUUGCGCUGCUUCCAUUGCCGAAGAAUGCAGCUACAAGAACCCACCCACCAAUGCAAAUUACCUGGGAGUCUUCACUGCGCUGGGACCUCCAGAACUGCCACAGGAAACUCCAGGAACGCCGACUACUACAGACCCGAUCCCGAGUACCUUUCUGCCGUCCGAAGCGAGUGCCGAGGACAUUAUGGGUAACCAGCCAUUAUCGUCUGACGGGGUGGUCCCUACCAGGCCUGGUGUGCCGAGUUGGAGCUUGACGGUAUCAUCUGCAAUUCGUCAUUGUGUUUCGUCCAUGGGUGCGUCUAACUGGUUGUUGGGAGCAGUUAUGGAUGGGCUGGCUCUUCUAUGUUUGUUGGUUAUCAUGUAUGACCCUACGAGCUCAGACACACUGUACUGGUUCAGCAACAACGGCUCCAGGUGGACGGCCAGUUACUGGACUGUGUUGAGUAGUGUGCUGCUCCUUGUACCAUUCUCACUCUGGAUGAUUGUGGCCCUGGCGUACGAGGAGCACAGCAGAGCUUCGGUGUCCUACAGAGUGUUGUCCAGCGCUCCUUUGAUCGCUGUGCUUGAAGGCAGGGCCGAUAUUGUUUAUGCGCUAUCCUAUAAGCUAAUACUGCAUGGCUACACGGCCCAUGCCCGAGGCGAGUUUCUCAAAGGCAAAGGGUUCCUCCUGUACUGCUUUAUUGCACUCAUGCUCUGCCACACCACUGCCAAGUAUAUCUGGCGGCCUUUAGAACUUUGGUGGAGAGUCUACGUCGAAACAAACUACGGCCGGCUCAGAGGCUCUGCCGCCACAGAUAAAGCCGAAACGAGAUCCGACAACAAAAUUGGCCACAACAACAUUGGCUACGACCAAGGCCACUUGGCGGAAGAAAGACAACAAGACAUAUCGGCUUCGGUCCGUGCGGCACUCCAUACAAGCAUCAACUGGGUACCGGAUGAUACCGACAAAUCAGACGAAAAGACGAUGGUUCAAAUCCAGUCCUUGUCCUAUCGGGAUGGCUGGGAGUUCUUCUAUAAAGUUUUUUUAGCUAAUUGA